GCAUUUCCCAUUGCACAUAUUUCCUGCAUUGCACCCAAACUCUUCAAUGACUAAACGUGUAGUGAAGUGCAAAACCGACGGCGCUAGCCAGCAGGAUAUUUCAUGGAUAUUCCCAGCAAAAGGAUGGCCAGAUCAAUCAAGGACCCACACAGCCAGUAUGCACUGAUAUCUCUGAGCCUAGACCCAAACAAGGGAAAUGCCCAUCCCAGUUCUGGGACAGUGUCUAAAUCUAUGAAUUUCACCUUGAUAUUCCGGACUUGGUUAAUAUCGCGAAACUGUGCAAUGGGAAGACACUGGAUAUUGCCGCAGCAAGUAGUGAUGAUGCUACCGAUGCGAUCGAGGCUGCUAUCACUGACAGCAAUUCUAGAGGCAAAAAUGCUCACGAGUAAGCCACGUAGAAUCUUGAUGACAAAUGGCCAGAGCAUAACAUGGAGCCAAUGUUUGGAGCUAUCAGCUACUGGCGACUGCAAGUCCAAUGAUCGAAAUGAGGCGAAGCAUCUGGAGCAUACUCGCGACACAUUCGGUGGCAAGAGCUUGGAAUUCUCCUAUGUAUAUUCUGCUGUGUGUGGUGAUGGCAUGAUCCAUAUUGGCGAGAGGUCUACAAUCGACAGCAGAGACAAGAUCUUGAGCGCACCCACGGACGAAUUGCGAUCAGAUGUAUAUUGAUAAGAAUGAGUCGAUGCUUCCCUUGUUGUCUACACCGCUGAUUGUGCCAGAAGCCUGUCGGUAAACUCCUGUGGAGUCCAAAAAGCGAAGUCAAGUUGAUCUGCGUGCUAUACGACGCAAUAAAAUGCC